AAGGAAAUGGCAGCCAUGACGAUGAGGCCCAGACCCUUCGGUUCCGGUGUGGCGUCGGCGGCCACGACGGCCGAGGUUUCGGUGGGCGCGGGGUGCCGUGGCGGCUGGGCAUGGAGGCCCAGGCCUAAGGCGCGGCCUCGCGGCGUGAGGGUUAGAGGGGCGUCUAGCGCCGCGGCGGCGGCGAGCGCCGUGCACAUGGAGACGGAGCCCCACGGCAGCGUGCGGUUCCGCCCGUUCGGGCUGCCGGCCCGCGCGGGGUUCGGGUCGGACCUGGAGGCGGGGAUCGAGAAGGCCAUCUACGCAUGCCGCUUCAUGGCCUUCCUCGCCAUCGCCGGAUCUCUCGCCGGAUCCGUCCUCUGCUUCCUCAAGGGAUGCACUUUCGUGAUGGACGCCUUCGUAGAGUACUACCUGCGCGGCGACGGGAAGGUCGUGUUCAUGCUGAUUGAAGCCAUUGAUAUGUACCUCAUCGGGACGGUCAUGUUUGUCUUCGGAACGGGCCUGUACGAGCUCUUCAUCAGUAACAUGGACAUCGCAAAGCAAUCCGCCGAAGGCUCCAGCCUCUUCGGCUUGUUCAGGCUUCCGGAACGGCCCAAGUGGCUGGAAAUCCACUCUGUGAGCGACCUCAAGACAAAGCUGGGCCAUGUCAUCGUCAUGGUUCUGCUGGUUGGCAUCUCCGAGAAGAGCAGGAGGGUGACCAUCACGUCGUGUACUGACCUCUUCUGCUUCGCCGCGUCGAUUCUCCUCUCCUCAGGUUGCCUCUACUUACUAUCCAAGCUCGGUAGCACCAAAGGAGGGAGCCAUGCCUGAAGCAAAAAUAUUGUACAUAAGAGAUGGGUCUGUUCUGUGGCCUUUUCGACACUUCAGGUCAUGUAUGUCUCGUGUACUGGUUGUAUAGGUUGACAGUUAGGCACUUUAUAGUGGUAUAUCAUGAUGUACAUCAUAUGAUAUUGUAACUCGCUGUUACAUGCUAUGAAUAACAGAUAUGGUGUGCUGCAUGAUUUAGAGCA